CAGAUAAUUUCAACCAUUUUCCCUUCGAUUUCUCCCUCCGAAAACCCCGCCCCUUUUCCCUCUAUUUCUCUCUCAGAUCAAAUCUCUGCCCUAAUUCAGUUUUUUAAAACCCUUUUCAAUCUCUCUCUCUCUCUCCCUCCUCUUUCUCUCUCUAGAAAUCUCUGAGAUCCACUGAGAAAUGGCCAUGGAGAUCGAAGAUCUAUGCCAUCACGUCUCAAUCUCCUUCGCUCAAGAUGUCGUCUCCGCCAAAAAACGACGCGUCCGAGCAGUUCCUACGGCCUUCAUACCGCAACAACCUCAAACAAUACGAAAUUAGGGUUUCCGACGUUCCCUCCGGUUUCUAGGGUUUCGAUAAAAGAGUAAUUUCUUAAAAUCUCACGACCUCCGACUUGAUUGCUCCAGAUAUCGAUAAUUCGGCGGUUUCUUUAGGUUUCUUGUUGAAUUUGUGAGAAAAGACGACGAAUUUCACCAGGUGUGCUUACAAGCAGUUUCUUGGAUUUCGCGUUGAGAAAUGGCAGAGAAGUUUGGGUAAUUGCUUAAGAUCUUGGUUUCCGUCGACAAAUUAGAUUAAACUGAAGGCUUUACCAUUUAAAGAUCAGGGCUUUAUUGGUGUCCAUGGGAGGAAAGGAAUUAGCAGUAGUUAAUAACACGAGGCCGCUUAAUCUGAGGGAAAUUUCAGCAAGAGCAACCCUGAGGGAGAUUCGGCUUCAGGGUCAUGUAUAUGUCGAACUAAGACAAGUUGGGAAACGCAGCAUCUUCUUCUGCACUCUUUGUCAGACUCAGUGUUUCAAUGAUUCCGUGUUGAAUGAUCAUCUCAACGGUAAUCUCCACUCCCGAAGAUAUGCUGCUGCCGAGGUUACUCUGUUUGGUCCCAACCCUUGGCCUUUUAGUGAUGGCGUUCUCUUCUUUAGUACUUCAACUGAUAAUGAUAUCAAUGGCCAUGAAGCAACUUCAAACUUUACUGGUAAAUCUAGUAGUGGCGGCGAAGUUGCAAAUGGUUGUAAAAAGGAUACUACUUGUGUUAGGGGUCAUGAUAAAGCUUCCAAACGUAAUGGAAAGAAUAGUUGUCGAUUUAUCCCCGGUGUCUUAUUUAAGGCGGCAAUUAGGAAUAUAAAGGCAAAGUUUCUUGGCUAUGGUCAUAUUGGAGCUAAGGUUUGUGAAACAGCUGAUGGUCACCGAGAUAUGACCAGAAUUUGGUGUGCUUGGUUGGGACAAGAUUCUUCGACUGACUGCCAAGGCUUGCUAUCAUCUCCCAAAUGUGAUUUUGCUAUAAUGAGUUUCUCAUAUACAUAUGAUUUAGGUAGGAAGGUGGCUAUUGAUGAGGCACACGAUUCAUUUUCUCCUGGUUCUUUCUUUGAGAUUGACGAACUUGGUCACCGCAGAAAGAAGAAAAGGAAAUCCUUUUCAGAUCCCGAGGAUUCCUCAGAUAGUAAGGCUGACCGGUUGAGCGGUUGUAGUGGAGAUGCUUCGGGUCAACUUCAUGCUUCAAGACUGAUAUCCAACAAGUUUACCAGGAAAGAAUUAAGGAAGCAAAAGAGUCUCACUGCAGAAAGAACUUGUGAUAUUUGCGGCCAACUGAUGCUCCUCGGGAAAGAUGUUUCCACGUUGCUUAAUUGCAAGACUGGUAAAUUAGCUUGCAGCAGUAGAAAUACAAAUGGGGCUUUUCAUUUAUUUCAUACCUCUUGCCUUAUCCACUGGAUCCUCCUUUGUGAAUCUGCAAUGUGGAGUGGUCAGUCAACAAAUGGGAAGGCCACGACAAGAGGAAGAAAGAGUAAACAGGCGCAAAAGAAUAGUAUUGCUAAAUUUUGCCCAGAAUGUCAAGGCACAGGCAUACAUAUCGAGGGAGAUGAACUGGAAAAACCAAGAUGUCCUCUUUCAGAGGUGUUCCUUCAUAAACUGAAAGUCAUCGAGGCAAAUAAGGCAUGGAUGAAAAAACCUGAAGACCUCAAGAAAUGCUCAACGGGCCUUCAUUUUUCUUCAGACUCUGAUAAGAUUUAUAUUCAGGAAAAGGUGGUGCCGUUGAAGCUGUUGCAUUUCUAUCGAGCUGAUGAAUAGAAGUGGAUGCAAAUCAUAAGUUUCCACAGGUUUCUGUGAAGACUGCAGGUCGAUAAUGUUAUAAAUGCUAUGUAAAUUUUCUUAAGUUGCUGAACACAUCUUUAUGAUUAGCUAUGUGGAGAGAAUAUGCUUACAGUAGUUUCAAGAUUGUGUAAAUGUCAAUGUUGUACACAUGUAUGAUAUCUGAUACUUGUUAGUUGUCCUCGAAAUCUAAAAACUUCCAUGCUUUGUCGAAAACUUAAGUCAAAUUGUAUAUGACAUGGUUUUAGUUCCCCAGAAAAGCUUUAUGCAAGAACCUAUCUUGUGAACCUGUUAUGAAUUGAUAUUUGGACUAAAAGAUCGUCAAAGACUUGUUUUUUUUA